AUGUCUGAUCAAAACAUUCACCCAGUCAAUUACAGUGAAUUGAGAAGUAUCUCCAAAUUUCACAUUGAUUCGUAUAAUGCGCUGUAUCAGUUAAAAACCGAAAAUGAAGAAGAACUCAAAUCUAUUUACAAAAAGAUCAAAACAGAUUUGAUUGACUCAAAGAAUUAUCUCCCCCAUAAUAUGGUCAAAGAUAUUUUAGAUAUCAUUCCGUUUAAUAACCGCUUUACCAAGUCAUAUUUGACUCUUGCCAAAUUUAUCACCGAUGAUUAUCAUGUAACAAAGGUCAUUGAGAUUUCUGAUGUUUCUAAAUUUCCAUUUUAUAAACAAUAUGGAAUUAAAUUGUUCAAUAUAGGAUUUUUAGAUAUCAAUUCAGAAGAUCUCAUUUUUCACUCAGAAAAUACAAUUUACAAAGCAAUAAUGUAUAAUAACAAAGUAAGAUUCAUUGAAUUCACCGAAAGAGAUGGAUUUAAUAAAGAUCAAAAACUACGAAGCAAAUUAUAUCCUUAUUCUAUGGAAAGAUAUUCAUUACUUGAAUUAUGUUGUUACCACGGAGCGGUCGAUUGUUUCAAGUUAUUAAGAACGAAAUUUAAAUCAGAAAUAACUCCAAAAUGUCUUCAAUUAUCAUUUUUAGGAGGAAAUCCCGAGAUCAUGAAUGAAUGUUUGAAAUAUCGAAAACCUGAUAAUGAUUGCAUGAUGUAUGCAAUUAUUUCACACAACAUUGAUUUUGUUACAUAUUUGAUGAAUGAGUUUAAUAUAGAGAUCAAUUUAAGCUAUUGCAUCGAUUAUAAGAAUCUUGAAUCAUUUUUAGUUUAUUAUAAUCAAACUAAUGAUAUUAACACAUGCUUCCUUUAUUCAGUAAUGUUUGAUAUUCCAUCUAUUUGCGAGUGUUUUAUUUCCCAUGGUGCAAACAUUAAUGAAAAAGGUUUUAAUGGACAAACCGCUCUUCAUUACGCGGCAAUUUAUAAUUACAAAGAAAUAGCUGAACUUCUUAUUUCACAUGGUUCAAAUAUCAACGCAAAAGAAAAUUAUGGACAAACCGCUCUUCAUAAUGCAGCAUUACUUAAUAACAAAGAAAUAGCUGAAUUUCUUAUUUCACAUGGUGUAAAUAUCAACGAAAAAGAUAAUUAUGGACAAACCGCUCUUCAUAAUGCAGCAUUAUAUAAUAGCAAAGAAACAGCUGAACUUCUUAUUUCACAUGGUGCAAAUAUCAAUGAAAAAAAUAAUAAUGGAAUCCCCGCCCUUCAUAUUGCAAUAUUGCCUUGGAUGAAAUAA